AUGAUGAAACUAGCCACUUCCCCUUCGAGUUUUCUCGGGAAGGAGGAGCUGCAUACUAAUUAUGAAAAUGUCCAUUCACUUAAGCAAGUAAAUCAAUAUUUGCUUGAAUGCGUUCUUGGCGAAGGAUCUUUUGCAAAAGUUUAUUUGGCUUUAGACCAAGUAAACUUCCAAUAUUAUGCGAUGAAACGUAUUCACCUUAAAGAACUUUCAUGUACUCAAUCAGGUAUUUCGCAAUUAGAAAGAGAAAUUGAAACGAUGAGGAUGUUACAUCAUAAAAACAUUAUUUCUCUACGAGAAGUUAUCCAUAUUCCGGAAAGAUCAAUUGCAUACAUCGUAAUUGAAUACGCAAAUUGCGGAAAUAUAGCAUCAAUUCUCGAAAGUGGCAAAAAAUUUACUUUCAGCGAAACUCGCGCUUUAUUUAAGCAAAUUGUAGAAGGUAUCGCUUUUCUUCACUCUCAAGGCAUUGUUCAUCAAGAUAUUAAACCGGCAAAUAUUUUGUUGAAAAGUGAUGGCACAGCACUCAUUUCUGACUUCGGAAUUGGUCACUCUUUUCAGAGUGCCGCUAUGGUUGUAGGAACUCCUAUUUAUCAAGCUCCGGAAGUCAUAGAUGAUUGUUUUGAGAUGGAAGAAGACGAAGAAGAUACUAUUGACCCAGGAAAAGAAGAUGUCUGGUCUCUUGGAGUCACAUUAUACGAAAUGAGCUUCCGAGAAGUUCCUUUCUGGGGACAUAACGUGUUCGAAAUUGUUCGUGCAAUUGCAAGCACAACGCUUGAAAUGCCAGAUGGAGCAGACCCUGUUCUUUGGGAUCUCAUUACAAAAAUGCUUACAGUUAACCCAUAUAAAAGAAAUAAUAUUCAACAGGUUCUUGAACAUGAAUACGUUAAGAAUGCCAACCCUAAUGACGCGCCACACUUACCAGAAACACAGAUACCUUUAAUUGAUCCGAAAACACAGAUUAUCAAAUUCCAGGGAACAGUAUGCGACAACGGAUAUCAAUUUGCGAUGUUUGAUAAAGGAAUGAAGAAGAAGAGAAAGUCUUUCGCCAUUCCAGACUUCAGUGAUUUCAAUUUCUGA